AUGGCUGAUGCCGUGAAGGCUUACCAGCUCUUCCUUUUGCACGACCCCCGGGCCAAAGAUCUCUGGCCAGAGCAACUGACCACGCUGCGGCAGGACCGGAGGCAGCGCAUGGAGGAAGCAAAAGCUUUGGGUGAAGAAAUUGAAGAGACCAACGAAGCAAAAGAGAAGGUGCAGCAGGCGAUGGCCGCACUGAAUGAGAAGCUUCGGGAGGCCCAGGAGCAGGCUGCUGUGGGUGACACGGUGGCCGCCCAACGCGCGGGCACUUUGGAGCAGCUCUUGGAGAAAGAGGCUCCCCGGCUCACACAGCUCUUUGAUGAGAAGCGGCAACGGUACGAGCUGGACUUUGCCCGUCUCCGCGAGCUGAAGCGCGAGAUCAGCCACCUGGAGCACGCAGAGAAGAAGUUGGAGACGACGGUACAAGCUGAGUUCCAGCACUGGCGCCAAGCAGUGGCAAAGAGAUACCCUGAGGCGCCCAAAGAGGAGCUGAAAUCGAGGGCUGACAAGAACGUCGAUGACCGCGACCUGGCAGAAACCGAGGAGCGCGCCGCUCCGGCUGAACCUGCUGUGGCCCCUCCCUGCCAGCUUGAUGAUCAGGUGGCGAAGGUGGAGCAGGCCUUGGAGACCUUGCGGACAAGGCUUCAGGAGGCCCAAGAUGCUGGAGAUGAGCCAAGGCGGCGGCUUUUGGCCCAGCUCUUGGCUCAAGAAGAGCCCAGAUUGGCCAAGCUCAAGCAGAGGGGCUGA